AGUACACAGAGGUUGACAUUUCGCAUCGUCGGCUACAUCUCGGAGCUUCACUUCACCGUCAACAACCCGCCGAAAUUCAAAAUAGCUUGUUUGGGAAAACCGAGUAGAAAUGACGACGAGUAAACGGUCGCUAAAGUCCUUUGUGAAAAGUGUAAAUAAUUCCACGUUUGAUGUGUCCUACUUGGACUCCACCAUCGUCGAAGAAAAGCUGUUCGGCCCUACCGAGGAGGAGGAAGAGGACAGCAGUGAAGGACCCAUGGUCUUCAUCUGCGCUAAGUGCAAGCUGCCUGUCGGAGAUUCAUUGUCCUGGGAUGCAAUUGAUGACGAUCUAAACCAAGUCAGACUGAAACGGGUCACCGACAAUGUCGUGAUUGGAAAGAAGAAUCGACUGUAUGAAGCAAGCAAAAAAUCUCUCUGUUUGGUUGUGGAUCUCAUCUGUCGAGGCUGCUGUUCUGUGCUUGGCAUGGUUUUCACAUCUACCCCUGAGAACCUGGAUGACAAGAGGUUUACCUUCUGUUUCAGUGUAGCUGACAUUGAGAGUUACAUGCUUGGCUCUGCCUGCCAGAUGUUGGCAGCAGAGGGCCCCACAGAGCAGCCAGUAACGCUGGAGUACAGAGGCACUGUUGAAAAACAGCUGACCGAGAUGAAAAUGCUGGUCGUGUCCAUGGCACGCAGGCUGGAGGAGAUUGAGAUUGGCCUUCAGGAGGGAUGCGAUGACGCCUGACAGCGAUGUUUAACAUCCACACCACUCGGCUGUACCUUCAUAUUAAUGUUUUUAUCUCUGACACAUUCCUCGAGUUGCGCGUGCUGUCCUAGCUGCACCUCGUACUCAAACACCUAAACACACACAGGACAAAGCUUCCACUCUGCUUUGUCCUGAUUACCAGUAGUGAAACAAAGCCCGCCUGUGCUUGUGAUCAAUCAUGUUGCCAGCUCGGCUCUUGCCGCUCGUGGCACUGUCUUCCCUGUAGGUCUUAGUGCAGUAUGAAUGCGCGCUAUGAGCAGAAUGUUUAUUUGUUCAGGAUUUUAUCAAACAGGCUGCACACUCAGCACAAUGCUGUAUUGAUCUGGCCACUCGACUUGAGGCCACACACGCUUUUUCUUUGUUCUUUUCCACAAGUGCGGAGUGUUGAAGCCAGAUUUGGAUAAAUGUUUUCAAUCGCCUUGUCGUAGGAAGAAUUAAAGAAUAUUGGAAGAAAUUGUAUGAUGUUUUUCUCUUUCAGUACAAUUGAUUCCAUGACAGAUAGGGAUAAUUCUUUCAGUCAGAACUUCACUUAAAUAUUUUGCUUCUUUUUUGUUGUUCAAAUAAUGCCAAAAUUUUUCAAAAUUGGUGGAAAUUAGCAUCUGUUUUUCUGUGCAUUGACUCAUGGUUGGUUUGUUUAUUUUGUUC